CUUUGCGCGCCGAGCCCGAGUCCCAGGCGUGCCGCCGACGUCAUCGCCGCGCGCCGAUCCCGAGUCCCAGGCGUGCGGCUGGCCAUGGCACUGUUCUAUGUCGCGCGGUACCCGGGACCCGAGACGGCGGCAGAUGCAAGGUCGGAGGGAGCGGAGGUCGGGGCGCACGGUCGGGCCCGCACGCUGCUCGAGCGGCUGCAGAGCCGGGCCCGCGAGCGGCAGCAGCAGCGGGAGCCCGCGCCGACCGAGGCGGCUGCACCGACCGAGCCGACAAGCAGGAAGCGACGGCGGCCCCGGCGGCGGCGGCGGGUGAACGGCGCGGAGCCGGAGAGCCCGGAGGCGCGUGGGGGAAAGCGGCGGAAGGCGGACGGCGUGGACGCGGGCGCAGGUGUCUGCCGGGCUGAAAGCGGCGAGGAGGCGCCGGGGGAGCGCGGCGCAGGGAGCGGCGAGGAGGCGCCGGGGGAGCGCAGUGCGCGCGCCGAGGAGGUGGCCGGACCCCUGGCUCCCGGCCUGGUGCUCGGUGGGUUCGGGAGGAAGAAGGCGCUGAAGGUCCAGCCUUUCCUGCCUAAGUGGCUGGCUGAGCCCAGCUGUGUCAGAAAGAAUGUCACCGAAGACCUGGUUCCUAUUGAGGACAUCCCUGAGGUCCACCCUGAGCUGCAGAAGCAGCUGCGGGCACACGGCAUCUCGUCCUACUUUCCAGUGCAGGCAGCUGUGAUUCCCGCUCUCCUGGAGAGUGCGGCCUGCGGGUUCCUGGUGGGCAGAGGCGGCUACCGGCCUAGCGACCUCUGUGUUUCUGCCCCGACAGGCAGUGGGAAGACACUGGCUUUCGUCAUCCCUGUGGUGCAGGCCCUGCUGUCAAGAGUGGUGUGCCAUGUUCGUGCCCUGGUUGUGCUGCCCACCAAGGAGCUGGCCCAGCAGGUGAGCAAAGUCUUUAACAUCUACACCGACGCCACACCUCUGAGAGUCUCCCUGAUUACAGGACAGAAGUCUCUGGCCAAGGAGCAGGAUAGCCUUGUCCAGAAAACAGCUGACGGGUACCGCUGCCUGGCUGACAUCGUGGUGGCAACUCCUGGCCGCCUGGUGGACCACAUAGACCAGACCCCAGGAUUCAGCCUCCAGCAGCUCCGCUUCCUGGUAGGUCCUCUGCCCCUGGGCCUGGGCUUUGAGGUCAGGGCCAUGCCACCCAGUCCCGGGCUCCCUGCCUCCCUGCAGAUCAUUGAUGAGGCAGACCGGAUGAUUGACAGCAUGCAUCAGUCCUGGCUGCCACGGGUGGUGGCGGCCGCCUUCCAGAGCGAGGACCCUGCAGAGCCCUGUGCCCUGCUCCAGCGAAGGCAGGCCCAGGCUGUGACAGCCGCCAGCACCUGCUGUCCCCAGAUGCCCCUGCAGAAGCUGCUUUUCUCAGCUACUCUGACCCAGAACCCCGAAAAGCUGCAGCAGCUGGGCCUCCACCAGCCCCGGCUUUUCUCCACAGGGCUGGCACACAGGGGCCCAGAAGAGACAGACGGGGACAGGGAAUCAGGGAAGUACGCCUUCCCUGCGGGGCUCACACACCACUACGUGCCCUGCAGCCUCAGCUCCAAGCCGCUGGUCGUCCUGCACCUGGUCCUGGAGAUGGGCUUCUCAAGGGUUCUCUGCUUCACUAACUCCCGAGAGAACUCCCACAGGCUUUUCCUGCUGGUACAAGCUUUUGGAGGUGUGGAUGUGGCUGAGUUCUCCUCGCGCUACGGGCCUGGCCAGAGGAAGGCGAUCCUGAAGCAGUUUGAACAGGGGAAGAUCCAGCUGCUCAUCAGCACGGACGCCACUGCCCGGGGCAUCGACGUACAGGGCGUGGAGCUGGUGGUGAACUAUGACGCCCCCCAGUACCUGAGGACCUACGUGCACCGGGUCGGGAGGACGGCUCGAGCUGGGAAAACCGGACAGGCCUUCACGCUGCUCCUGAGAGUGCAGGAGAGGAGAUUCCUCCGGAUGCUGGCUGAAUCUGGGGCGCCGGAGUUGCAGCGGCAUGAGCUGUCCAGCAAGCUGCUGCAGCCGCUGGUGCCCAAGUACGAGGAGGCCCUGUCCCAGCUGGAGGAGUCCGUCAAGGAAGAGCGGAAGCAGAAGGCGGCGUAGGCUGGGUCUUGGAGGCAGAGGGGCCGAACGCCCACCGCCCUCACCCUCUCCCAGAGCAGUCCUGACCACCGGCUGCUGUGUGAGGACAGGACUCCCCCGGGCUCCCCAGGCAGGCAGUGGACAUGGCCUUCCUCCCAAGUGUCCUCCGUGCCAGGCAGCCGGGCAUCAGCUCAGGCACUGGCUCAGACCGGAGGCGUCAGAGGCUGUCACUUUCACAGCAAGAAGCCACCGAAGUUUUGGCUUCAGGUCAGGAUGGCCACUGGGCGUGGAGCCUUAUAAAACUGGAAAGCGCUCCGAAACAGAGGCCGUGGCACCUGCCACGUACGGCUGAGAGUUGGGGGGGAUUAACCCUGAGCUAACGAUAAAACUUUAGUGCUUAAAGCAACACGAGCACAUCCACCAUCAUCCCUCAGAAAGGUCACUCGGGUCCCUCGCUCACAUGUGUGCGGGAGCCCACAGGCCAUCCUGAUUUGGAACAGACGCCGAGAAACUCGGGUAAACGCUUCCCCAGGCCCGUGCCAAGCAGACCCCAAGAAGGGGACAUUGCCCGUGAAACACUUCCAUUGUCACAGACCGAAGAAGUCAGCCGUGUGGUCGACACCCAGUCCCCACCCAGGUGUAAACGCAGCGUGAAACGUUCUCACUGCGAACAUGGUGGGAAACGUGCCUGGGAAGCACUGACCACUGUCCGUGAGGAGGCUUUGUUUUGAAAGUUCUAUGUGAUGAUAUUAAACUUCAAAAAAACGA